CCUGUGCGACAGCUAAAGAUCCUUCCUCGAGGAAGAGCGAAAGGACGGCUCGUGGGUUCGUUUGCUACAGUUCGUAUCUUAGUGGAGGCUUUUCACGAGGUUGAAUUGGUUGCAUUUAGCCCUCCCCUUGACGUCUGCAGCGGCGUCUUUCUUUGGAAUGAUUUGUUCGUCAAAGAUUCCUGUUGCUUAAAAUAAAGUCCCUUGGCGUCGACAGUCUUCAUUCCUCUACUGGAGCUAUGGCCUUGGGAAUGGUCCCCCUACUGAAACGUUGCUUGUGGCUUGGCCUCGCCCAUCAUUUUAUUAUGGUCUCUGCAUGCCAUGAAUCUUAUGGAGAAUUAAUUGAGGACUUUUGUCUCAGCAAAUUUAAAUCUGACAUGGAAACUCUCAGGAAGACACUAUGGUGCGAUUGGGAUAAGACUUUGGACUGUUACAAGGAGCUUACCAAUUGCACCAUCCUGAUAGCUGAGAAACUGGAUUGUUACUGGCCAAACCAACUGGUGGAUCAGUUCUUCAUAACAAUUCAUAGUCACUACUUCAAAACCUGCCCUGUUUCAGGAAGGGCUGUAGGAGACCCCCCUAACAUCAUUUUAUGUCCAUUCAUUGUUGUACCAAUUUUUAUCACCCUACUCAUGAUGGCAUUGGUAGUGUGGCAAAGCAAAUACAGUGAAGGCAUUAUUUAAACCCAAAGGUCCAAGAUAACAUUGGUGAAGAUGAACCCCAAAGUUUUCAACCUCCAAGCUGUACUGAAGUCUGUUUUGAUGUUUCUUUGGUAGAGUUCUGGAUACCAGAACAAAGUAUUUUUAGAGACGGUGUAUAAUAGAAAACCUUCUGCUACCUAGAGAAAAAAAACCUGUAUGCAUCUUCUUGAGUUAGCAAAUAUUUUGCUUAAGUCAAGAGAAUGCAUUGAGAAAUUGCUGUCACUGUCUGAACUGGUAUUAAUAAUAUUACAGACCUGUUUGCAGUAUUGCUGCUUCAAUCUUCAAAUUUAAGCUUCUCUUUCCUGGUUCUUUCAAUAUAUUUUUAUUGUCCUUGGCAAUUACUUCUCUUUGGCUUAUGCACUAUUUUUUUAGAUAAGGUACUGUAUUUUUCAGAGUAUAAGAUGCAUUGGAGUAUAAGACGCAUCAGAGUAUAAGACGCACCUUAGUUUUUGGGGAGGAAAAUAGGGAAAAAAAUUCUGCCUACCAGGUAUUCAUCUGGCUAGCAUCCAUAGCUUGGUCAGCUUCAUCACAUUAUUUAGUUUGCUGGUUUUGAGGUUGGGGCUGGUUGGGGCUAAAAAACGGCUUCUAAAGCACAGCUGAUUGUCGGAGGGAGCAGCAAUUAGAAAAGUAGGCAAAGCAUGGGAGAUCGCUUUGCUCACAUUGGGGCUGAAAAACAGCUUCAAAAGCACAGCUGAUCGUUGGAAGGAGUUCCAGUAACUAAAGCAGGUGAAGCGCAGAAGGGGUAAGAGAAGGCAGCAGCUGUUCCAGGUAGCCAUUUUGGGUACUGUAUGUUGAGCUUUCAGCCUCCAAAUGCAUCGUAUUUUCAGGCAGCAAUCGGUGGCAAUGUGCUUUAGCGAUCCUCGCAGCUUUUUUUCUUUGUAAAUUUUUUAAUGACAACCAAACAUACAAUCAUUUUUUUCUGAAUAGAGUAUUGACUGGGUCAAAAUUCAUACAGCUUAUUUUCCCCAAAUUUAAUUUCUAUAAUUCAAUUUCUGCCAUUAUAUUCCUUUUCUACUUUCUCUUUUUCAUCUCUAUUUUCUAUUUAAUAUAUAAUCAAUAUUACUAUCCACCUAACCUCCUAAUUUUAAUCUUCUUUCAUUUCCUUCUUUUAUUUCUCCCUUUUACAUAUAUUUUUCAGUAUUUCUUUAUUCUAUUGAAAACCUUUAAUUUACAUACAAUCAUUUUAAUAUUUCACACAUUUCUAAAUAUCCAUUGUUUUCUAAAUAUGGACAAGAUUAUAAUAUCUUACUUCCUUAUUAAUCAUUUUACCGUUUUAACAAUAUAUUUCUUCAAUUUUAUUUUCCACAUCAUCUUUUUUAAGUAAAAAUAUCUUAUUCCAUUUCCUUUUCAUAUAAGCUUCCAUUUCAUCUUCUAAAUAAAUCCCUUCUACAUAAAUCAUUUUAUAUUUCCCUGAAGAUAUUUGCUCAAUCGGGGAUUAUAACAGUGGAUGUCAAAAAAGACUAUAAAAGUAAUAAGAAAAAUAAAAAGAAGAAAAAUAUAUUACCAAAAUCAUUUUUCAAUUUGGUAUCAGAACUUAAUCUUCAAGAUGUAUGGAGAGAGACACACAGGACACAUUUUAUUCGCACCCACAUCAAUCCUGGUCCAGGAUUGACAUGGCCUGGAUGACAGCAGAAUUACAAAAUGGGAUAGAUGAAAUAGAAAUAGGAGUUAAUGAUUGGGCAGACCAUAACCCAAUAACCAUAAAAUGGAAAGGACAGAAACAGUUUAAGAGAUGGACAAUGAAUCAAAACAUGUGUAAGGAUAAAGAAUAUAGACAAAUGCUAGAGAGUUGACACUAUCUUUUAUGAUGAAUAAAAAGGAAGAUACUUCAACACAAAACCUAUGGGACACUGUAAAAGUGUACAUCCACGGAUUGACGAUAGCGUAUAGAGCCAGGAAAAAUAAGGAAAGGAAAUACCAACAAGAAAAGUUACUAGAAGAACUUUAAAAAGUAGAAUGCAAACUGCAGGAAGACCCUCAAAAUAAUAAAAUAAAAGAAGAAUGGGAUAUUAUAAAACACAAAAUUAACUUGACAACUCAAAAGGAAAUAGCCCAGAAAAUAAAGACGGUAAAACAAAACUAUUUUGAAUACAUUAAAAAAACUGGUCGAUGGUUAGCCUAUAAAUUAAAAAAGGAAAAAGAUAAAAGAAUGAUACACCAACUACAAGACAAGAGUGGGAUAGUACAAUAUAGAAGGGAAAUAAAAAAGGAAAUAAUUCAAAAAAUUUUCUCAAAGCUAUAUCUUAAGGAGGAUAUACCAUAAGAUAAAGUUAGGAAAAAUAUUUUUUGAAGCCCUAAAUGAAUUAAUUACUAAAUUUAUAUGGCAGGGGGAAAAGCCUAGAAUUAGACUAAAACUUCUACAAGAUACCAAAGACAAAGGGGGAUUGGCACUUCCAGAAUGGGAAAUUUAUUAUCAAGCUUCUAUCUAUUUCUUAAAAGAGUUUUAGCAAUAGAAGGACAUGACCUGCAAGCGGGAUGGCAUGCAUAUCUAUGGGACGAAAAACACAAAACACAUAGCUUUUUAGAAGACACAUACUAAGGAAUGCACUGCUACAGAUUUGGCUAAAAAUAAAAAACCAGCACUAUACAAAAAUCCCAUUUUGGAUUUCCACAAUGGAAGCACUGAAACACCCAAAUUUAAUUGACAUAGAUAAGAUAAUUAUAUAGAAGGAUAUAUUAAAAGGAAAAUGUUAAAAGAACAAAGGAAAUUUGAAAACAAGAUUUUGGCAGGGAAAUUGAUUGGUGGACAUAUACACAAAUCCAGUCUAAAUAUAAGGAGGAUAUAAAACAAUAUGAAAUACAAAAUGAUCAGCAAGAGCUGGAUAAAAUUAUACAAGGGACAGAGGAAAAACGAAUUAGCAAGAUAUAUAAAUAUCUAUUGAGAUACAAGAUGGAAUACAAGGUCAUUAAGGAAACAAUGAUUAAAUGGGCAAAAAACUUCAGAUUAACAUAGAACUGGAGAGAUGGGGAAAAAUGUGGCAAAGAAAUAUAAAAUUGAUUAUAUCCACGGCAUUCAAGAUGUUUUACAGAUGGCGCCUCCCUCCAGCAAGGCUUGCCAAGAUGUUCCCGAACAGCUCCCCAACAUGCUGGAAGUACAAAAAGGCUUAUGGAACAUAUUACCAUCUUUGGUGGAUAUGCCGGUCCGCAAAAAAGUAUCGGGCCAAAAUUAGGAAAUGGUUGGAAGAGAUAACCGACCAACUCAUAGAUUGGAAAUGAGACAUUUCUGUUGGGAAUAUUCACUAGAAAAUACACUAAAGAAAUAAAAUAUCUAAUUCUACAUAUAGUAACGGCUGCAAGAAUAUCAUAUGCACAGAAUUGGAAAAAAGAUAAUACACCAACUGAGGAAGAACUGAUAAAGAAAAUCUUAGACUGUGCCGAGAUGGACAAAUUAAGAAAGGAAAUUAAAGAAAAGGAAGAUACAGAAUAUUACGCAGUAUGGAACAAAUGGUACAACUGGUACAACUGGCUGGAGAUUAGGAACAGUAAAUACGAAUGAAUGGGGAAGUCACAAAUGGAAAAUGUUUGUAAGAUAAUGUAUAGAAUUAAUAUUAUAUGUGAAGGAUUAUAUAGAGAAAUAAGAAAUAAUGGGACAAGAAGGAUACAUAUAUCAUAAGGAGAUUUAGGGGAAAAUAUAAAUAAUAGAAGACUACCGUUACAAAACUGUUGUAAAAAGGGAAUAUAUUUUUUGUGUUUGUCAUAUUGUGUUGUUUUACAAAUAAAAAAUUUAAAAAUAAAAAUUAAAAAAAAUCAUUUUAUAUUUCACAAUCUUCCAUUUCCAUUUCAUUUAAAUUUCCUUUUCUAAAUAAAUCAUUAUAUUCACAAUUUUAUCAUCAUUUCCAAUCAUCUUCCUCUCUAAGUAAACAAUUUCAAAUUAUCAUUUUACAUUACCCUAAGUUCAAUUUUUUUUAAUUUUACUAUUAAUACAAUUCAUUCAGAUCUAUACAUAAUAAUAAUACAAUUUAUAAUUUCAAUUUCAUUUAAUUUUCCAUCUCUUAACCUCUUUUAAAUAUAUCAUUUUGUAUUUCACAACCAGUAUUUUUCUACAUUCUACCAUUCAUAUUAAAGAAUAUAUUUCCAAUUAUUCAAAUAUUACAAUCACCAAUAUUAAUCAGAAUGCCAUUAUUACCAUACUUAUAUUUCAUAUUCCUUUUAACCGUUUUCUCCUGGUCCAUCUAGCGAAGCACGUCUUAAAAUUCCCCUCCUUUUGUUCCAUUCCCUCAUUUUCUUCUUUUUUUAUUAUUAUAGUUGUUAUAUCUUUUCCCCUGUUUCCUUCCUUUAGCUUUUAAAUCCAUUGCUCGCUUAUUUUGUCCUGUAUUCCCAUCUGAUCUAUUUCCCUUUUCUCUUUUCUCCUUCUCUUUUUCCCCACUGUUAAUCCCAGUGUAAUCAUUUAAAUUUUUUUGUCUCUAAUCUUUUCCCUUUUUCUUGUUUCUUUUGUUUCUCUCUACCUUCUCUACUUUUACCACUGUUAAUCCCAGUGUAAUCAUUAUAAAUGUUUUUCUCUAAUCUUUUCCUCUCUCCUUUCCUUCUCUUAAUUUUCUUUUUUAUUUGUUGUGCCCUCCUGAUCUCUCUCUUUUUUUAUUGUUACUCCUAAUAUAAUCAUUUAAUUAUUCAUCAAUAUCUUCAGUGCUGUUUUCUUGUUUCUCAUUGGUAGGCUGUUUCUCCAGUAGAUUAUAUUCUGACAAAAUUCUUGGUUUCUUUCUGUCCAAAUCAAAUGAUACACGUACCAUUAUAAGCAGCUCAAUUAAUUCCUGCCACAUUUUGAAGUUUUGCUUAGGUUUUAGUUCCAAUUUAAAAAUUUUUAUUGUUUGUCACCUCUUUUCAUUAUCUGAGCUGAAAGAAAACAAAUCCAUUAUCUGAGCUGAAAGAAAACAAAUCCUCCUUAAAACUUCUCAUGGCUCGUUGACCAAGGUCUCUAUAUUUUUUUUCCAGAUUUCAAAAUGUUCAGUGUAGUACUUUUUUUCCACCAGUAGAUGUCUCUCUUCAAUCCACAAAAUUCAAAUCAACAAUUUAACAAAGUAUCCAGAUUAUGUAUUAAAUCCACUUGUCUAAUAUUUCUCUAAUUUCUUCUUUCUCUUCUUAGUUUUUAUAUAUUCCAAAUCCAAGUUUUACUCUCCAAUUCAAAUCCAGUUAAAACACAGGCUUGAAGGGCUCUCAAACAGAGCAUUUGGAGGCUGAAAACACGACGUGCAGAGCCCAAAAACACAAGCCAUUGUUCGUGGAAAUCUCUGCAGCCAGGAAGAGGACGCAUGGAAGCCAAAGGGUGGGGUCCGGUGGGUGGGUGGGGUUACAUUCAAAGUGUAAGACGCACCCAAAUUUUCAGCCUCUUUUAGGAGGGAAAAAAGUGUGUCUUAUACUCCAAAAAAUAUGGUAAUUUUGGGUGGGAAAUGUUGGUGAUGCAUCAGCACCUGUGUACCAUAGAAACAAUGUCGAUGAUAAGAUAAUAAACGAUUUCAAUGUAUUUUGUUGGUUAAAAUCACUUAAAACCAAUAUAUAGUUCAUUACAUUAAUUUUUCUAGCUGAAAAAUUAACAUAGCAACAAUAUUUUUAGCAAAUCCUAAUUCAUUCAAAUAUUAUAAUUAUUUCUUAGGCAUGUUAAUGUUUUAUCAUAUGUUUUGUUCACUAUUUUAUUUGGACAUUAAUUAGUGCAGACAUUUAUUCACAGGACAAAUCAUCAGAUUAUUGGCAAAAUAUUAAAGUUUGCAAUAUCUCCAUUCUGAAGAAAUGCUUUCUAAUAAAAAUUGUAAUAAAAUAAAAUAAAUAGUAUAAAUAUUAAAACAAAAAAUUAAGGUUUCUAAGAAAACCUAUGGCACUAAGAAAUUUAAUAGUAAAGUAGUAAAUUUAUUAAUAAAGAAAUGCUUGGAUUUCCUGUACAACUUUGAUGGCAAAAGCUAAUUUCUGAUUAGUUUUAGUAAAAUUCUCUACUCUUAGGACAAGAACAUCUACAUACUGGCUCACAGCUGUUGGCUAUUCCAUGUGUGCAUGUGAGAGACUGUGAGCUAGAGACUGAAAAUAUGCUACAGGCUACAAUUAUAAAUAAUGUUGUUUGAACAAUUAAACCCAAUGAAAACAUGUAAGUUUUGAAUUGCUCUGGACUUGUUUUGGAUAUGAUUUAUUUUUCAUGUUUUGCUCUUUAAAAUCCUCCUCCCUAAGCAUUGCAUUAACUAUGAGUUAGUUAAAAGAAUGAACUACCUACUUUUCUCCAUCAAAUCCUGUUGUAUUGUUUAAAAUUCUACGAAUUUAAAUAUAAUUAUGCAAUUUAGUGAUAUUGUUUUUAUGCCUGGUAUCAAUUGCUGGUGACAGCCUAUGAAGUCUAUGCAGUUUUCUUGGCAAGGUUUUUCAGAAGUGGUUUGCCCUUGCCUGCUGAGAUAUAGAGUGACUGGCCAAAGAUGGCUUUGUCCCUAAGUGGGACUAAAAUGCACAGUCUCCUGGUUUCUAGUCUGUUGCCGCAGCCACAACUCCAAUGUUUCCCAACAUUUCCAGCUUUAUGGACCAGCGGGGUGGGGGGAUGGUUCUGCAUGAGCAGCCAGCACGCAUGCGCACAGCUCCGUUUGUGCAAGCAGCCAGCAAGCACACAUGUGUGCAGCUCCAUUUGUGCAUCCAAUCUCCCAUUGGAUGUUAUGGCAAUACAAAGCAUAAUAACAAAUGGAGCAUUGUUAUGGAACAUCUAGCCUAUAAGAGAAAUAAAAGGAAAGGAAAAUAUAAUUAUACUACUUUGGACACAUUAUGUGAAGACCUUGAUCUAUGGAGAAGGCUCUAAUGUUGAAAAGAUGGAGGGAAAGAAAAGAAGAUGGCUAGCAACAGAGUGGAGAGAUCUAGUUAAGUGGCAAUUGCUGUACUUUUGGAAGACCUAAAGAACCUGAUUAAGGAAAGAUUCUUCCUGAGAAGUUUGCAGUCCCAGAGUCAUAUGAUCACCUUUUGUGAUCUUCUGACAAGCAAAGUAAAUGAGGAAGCCAGAUUCACUUAGCAACCACUUAACUACAGUGAUUCACUUAACAACUACUGCAAGAAAGGUUGUAAAAUGGGACAAAACUGAUCUAACAACUUUUGCUUAGCCACAGAAAUGUUGGGUGCAAUUAUGAUCAUAAAUUGAGAAUCUGUACCGUAGAUUUAAGACAGCAGUUUCUACAAAUUCAAAAGAUUGGUAAGUAUGGGGAAAUGUUCCUAAAGGAGAAAAUACCAAAAGCACAAUUGCUAACAAUUCCAAGAAAAAAGGAUAAAUGGAAGACAGCAGAAAGGUUCAUAUUCUUAAGGACUGAGAAGAGAAAGAGUACUUAUUCUCCAUUAUAUCUAUAUGUAAUGUAACUUUCAAUCUUCCAAGGUAGAGCUGAACUUGGAAGCCAAAGAUACACAAGCUAAUACUUUUAUUAUAAGGUUAUACUAACAGAAACUAACAAAUAUGAAUGCACUUCUCCCCUCCCUUUAUCUUCAUGAGAACUAAGGAGGGUCUUGUCUGAGAUGCUUUUUCAAAUUAUAUUUUGCCCUGGAUUCAGAUUUCUUUUAUCCGACCAUUUUCUUGAUUGUGGUUCUUCCUCCUGUUCCUCAAAGUUAUUCCUUUUUCCCAUUACAAUAGCAUAUUAUUCCUUUCAAAAUAUCAGGAAAAAUGAUUUACUGGAUCUUUUGAGGGUAGAUACUAACAGAAACAUGGCAAUAGGAGGCAGUAGGAGGUUCUCUUGGAUUGAACCUCUCAAUAUCAUUGAAUACGCAUGCGCGGAAAUGGCGGCGAUCUGAGAAUUAUGCAGGCGGUGGGUCGGCGUUUUUUCUAGCUGCGAUGCCUCGGGGCGAUUUUCAAGCUAUCUGGGCCCGCCGCCCCGCAGAACAUCUUUCCGGCAGCCGAAAUGAGAUCUUUGGGUCUUGUUAGAUCCUCGGCUUCCGGGAACGGGGCUGGAGAGGCGGGCGAGCGGCGGACGGUUGCCGGCGGCCAUUUUGGCUGGGCGCCCGCGGAAACGAGCCGGCUUGCGGUUCCGUGGCGAAGCGGUCGCUCGGACAUCAGCGACCAGUUGGGGGUGCGAUGUGCUGGCCAGCGGCGGUAUCGUACAGCGGCAGUGAUACCAUCAGCGGCUUGGAUACCAGUAGCGGCACUGAUACCAUCGGCGGCAACGGUAGAUGGCGCCGGCCAUUCUGGAGGGGCGCGGAGCGGCGCUCGUUAGGAAUGGCCGGGCUGGAUCGUGGUUUGCUGCUGCCGGCCGCACAUGUCAUCGGCGGCUGGAUGUUCUGCCGCUCUAUCCUUCAGUGGCAUGGCUCAGCGGCAUGGUUUCUACGAUUCCACCCAUCUGAUGGUAGAGGGCAGCGUCCAUUCCGGUGGGGUAUGGAAUGGUAUGGAUUGUCGCCUGGUACCAUUGGUAACAUCUGGGAUAGUUUGGCUGUGUUAUGGCCGCACUUAUUAUCAGCGGCUGGCGGCUGGAUUGUUUGCCGGACUAUUUUCAGCGGCACCAGAGACAUUGGACACAGGUAGCUUGGACAUUUUGGAAUUUAGAAUUUUAGCUGACUCUUAUAUAUACCAUCAUUUGACAUCUGCGGCUGAAAACUUUUUUCCUGUCCCCGGUAUUUAUUUAUUUAUGGCAUCAAUCUUGGACGACCUCGGACCUGAUCAUGGGCGGCACCAGCGGGCAAAAACUUUUGCUGUAUCCAUUAUGGGCAGUGCUGAAUGGUGGAAUCCAUCAGCCGAACUUCCAUCUUAUUUAUUGCCCUUACCGGGCAUUUGGCCCUGGUUUGUGACUGUCCUGACUUUGUCCGCAGGCUGCAAUAACAUCAAGUGGCUAGGGAACACCUUUUUUUCCCCACUGUUAUUUAAUCUUUUAGCAUGAAAUAUUCGUCGGCUGACCUUCUCCGACUGCGAGGUUCCCCCGCCUCGCAGGAAUGGCCCUCCGGGUUAUCGAGGGCCUGCCUUAACGAGGGGUCUUGGGACCCGGAGAGGUGGCAUGCGAGGAAGAAGAAUCUGGGGUUUUUUAAAUCGUUUU